GAAAUGUCUCACAAACAUGUACUAACUAGUACGGAAACAUUGGAGACGUCAUCGGCCGUGGCUAAUAGUGAAACCAGGCGGUAAUCGAUCACACACCGCCCAGACAGCCUCCAACUAAUGACCGAUCAUCUCCAGAACGACUUUAUGCACUCACCCGGACUCCAUACUUGAAGAAAACGCUGUUUUUUGUUACUGUCCCAGCAUGAAUUCAACCGGACUGUUGUGUGAAACCGAGCGGCCGCGGCACCGUCCUUUCCUGAUCGGGGUGAGCGGAGGAACGGCCAGUGGAAAGUCCACGGUGUGUGCAAAAAUCAUGGAGCUUUUGGGUCAGAAUAAGGUGGAUCAUCACCAGAGGAAGGUCACUAUUGUCAGCCAGGACAGUUUCUACCGGGUUCUCACUCCAGAACAGAAAGCCAAAGCUUUGAAAGGCCAGUACAACUUUGACCAUCCAGAUGCUUUUGAUACAGAGUUCAUGUGUCAGACGCUGAAGGACAUCAUUGACGGGAAGGUGGUGGAGGUUCCUACAUAUGACUUUGUCACUCAUUCCAGGCUGCCAGAGAAGAUAUGUGUGUAUCCUGCUGAUGUGGUGCUGUUUGAAGGGAUUCUGGUGUUUUACACACAGGAAGUCAGAGACAUGUUUCACAUGAAACUGUUUGUCGACACGGACUCGGAUGUUCGCCUGUCUCGCAGAGUUCUGCGUGACAUGAGAAGAGGUCGAGAUCUGGAACAGAUUCUCACGCAGUACACCACUUUUGUUAAACCAGCCUUUGAAGAAUUCUGUCUUCCAACCAAGAAAUAUGCAGAUGUCAUAAUACCUCGUGGAGUUGAUAACAUGGUGGCAAUAAACCUGAUUGUGCAGCAUAUUCAGGACAUCCUCAACGGUGACAUCUGCAAAUGGCAGAGGGGUUCUGUCAACGGACACGCCCAUGGGCGGAGUCUAAAGAGGGGCGUGGUCGAACACGACGAGAAAUCUAGCGGAGGCGCGAACGUCCCGCCGAAACGCCCCCUACUGGAGCCCAGCACGCGACCACAUUAACACACAAACAGAAAGGAGUCAUAUGAUCACAAAACCUGAAAGCUUGAAUUUUUCUGCAUGCUUCCAACACACAAUCUGUAUCAGGCUCACUUUUCACAGAAUUUAAAGGAGUAGUUUACCCAAAAAUGAAAACGAGGUGGAUGUAGAUGAGUUUGUUUCUUCAUCAGAAUUGGAGAACUGUAGCAUUACAUCACUUGCUCACCAAUGGAUCCUCUAAAGUGAAUGGGUGCCGUCAGAUUCAGCGUCUAAAAUUUUUUACUAACAUGCAGCUUUUGGCUUUUCAAGAUGUUAACUGGUGGACUGGACUGGUGUGGAGUAUUUUUGGAUUUUUGUGAUGUUUUUAUCAGCUGUUUGGACUCUCAUUCUGACGGCACCCAUUCACUGCAGAGGAUCCACUGGUGAGCAAGUGAUGUAAUGCUACGUUUGUCCAAAUCUGAUGAAGAAACAAACGUGUUUACAUCUUGGAUGGCCUGAGGGUGAGCACAUUUUCAGCAAAUUUUCAUUUUUGGGUGACUAUUCCUUUAAGACUGCCUUCUGCUGCUGAGUCACCUGACCCUCAGUGUGACUUUUAACCUGUAGUCACAUCUUUCUCAAGGCAGAACUGUUCUGUAUAAAUAAAAUAGUAAUUGUCCUACAUGUCACAAUUCACAUUCUAAUCACAUUAAUCUCUACUCACGUUUAAAAUAACAGUCAGUACCUGUAACAGGGUAAGUCAGUGUACAUCGGCACAAACAGCCUAGUCUGUAUUUCACUGCCUGAUCCGUCUCAUAAAACUAUAAUUUCACAACUCCAAAACAUGAGAUUGUCAAUUACACAUGUAGAAUAUAAAAGUAAACAUGUUUUGUUACUAUUGUCAAGUAUAAUGGCAUUUUAAACGCCUGAAAUGAAGUUUCAGUGCUGCCUUGUCUAGCAUAAACUCCUGUUUGGUCAGGAUGAGACAUGAAAUGGAUGAAGUAAAAUACUUCUAGUGAAUUAUAGUGAUAGUAUAGUAUUUAAAAUUAUUAAUUAUUAAUUACUGAUAUGUUUAUUUUGAAUGUUCUGUAUAAGUUAUGUCAUUCACCUCACUCUGUAAUUUGUUCCUAAAUGUGAAUAUUUUAAAGUAGUUAUUCAUUUGUAAUCAGAUUUUACAUUUUACUUGUACAAACCUUUUUUUUUUUUAAUAUUAAAGAGAACAAGCUUAUGUGA